AAAUGUAACUGAAGAAAUCCUGCUGUCGUCAUCAGACUGUUUGAUGAUCAGAAACUCCACCCUCUUACAAAACUUACCAGGAAGAGACUGACUUGUUAUUUCUCCUUUCUGUCACUGAUUUUCUUCUCUUUGACAAAAGCAAACAAGAAUCAGCCAUCAAUGGACAAUGAAGAGAUAGACUUUGAAGAAGCAUUUUUUGAAGACGUUUUUGUUUCUGAACAGACAGCAGAUCUUUGUGAUUCUCGUGGUUAUUCAUGUUUGAAACCGUAGUCCAGAAAGUGAAAGUAAAGUUUAGGUUGCUGGAGCUCAAACAGUGAAAAUGGCUUCAUCAGCUGAAUAUGACUAUAACUGUCCCGUGUGCUGUGAAAUCUUCCAGACUCCUGUUAUUUUAUCAUGUAGUCACAGUGUCUGUAAAGAGUGUCUUCAACAGUUCUGGAGAACCAAGAAAACUCAGGAGUGUCCUGUCUGCAGGAGAAGAUCCUCAAGAGAGGUGCCUCCAACAAAUCUAGCAUUACAAAACUUGUGUGAGUCGUUCCUGAAGGAGAGAAAUGAGAGUCGUUCAUCAGGAUCUGAGGAGAUCUGCAGUUUACACAGUGAGAAACUCAAACUCUUCUGUCUGGAGGACAAACAGCCGGUGUGUUUAGUGUGCAGAGAUUCACAGAAACACAUCAGUCACACAUUCAGACCCAUCAGUGAAGUUGUUCCUUCAUAUAAGGAGGAGCUCAAUACAGCACUGAAGUCCUUACAGAAGAAACUUGAACACAAUGAAAACAUUAAAGAAGAGUUUGAGAAAACAGCUGAACACAUCAAGUCUCAAGCUGAGCACACAGAGCGUCAGAUUAAACAGCAGUUUGAGAAGCUUCAUCAGUUUCUCAGAGAUGAAGAAGAAGCUACAAUCACUGCACUGAGAGAGGAAGAGGAGCAGAAGAAGCAGAUGAUGAAGGAGAAGCUGGAGGAGAUGAACACACACAUCUCAGCUCUUUCACACACAAUCAAAGACACGGAGGAGAUGAUGAAAGCCAGUGACGUCUGCUUUCUGAAGGAGUUUCCAGUCUCGAUGGAAAGACUCCAGAUCUCAUCACAGCCGGAUCCACAGAUGCCUUCUGGAGCUUUGAUUCAUGUGCCGCGUUACUUGGGCAACCUGCCCUUCAGAGUCUGGAAGAAGAUGCAGGACAUCGUCCAAAACACUCCUGUGAUUCUGGAUCCAAACACUGCAGAUCCAUGUCUCGUCCUGUCUGAUGAUCUGACCAGUGUGAGAUACAGCGAGAACAAACAACCUCUUCCUGAUAAUCCAGAGAGAUUUGACUCUUGGCCUUGUGUUCUGGGUUCAGAGGGUUUUAACUCAGGAACACACUGCUGGGAUGUGGAGGUUAAAGAGAGUUCAGUCUGGAUUCUUGGAGUAACUACAGCAUCAAACCAGAGGAAGGGAUGUGGUUUCUUUAACACUGAUGUCUGGAGUGUGCAGCACAGAUAUUCUGAUCAGUUUGGUUUUCGUGUUAAACAGGAUCUUGAGCGUGUGAGAGUGUAUCUGGACUAUGACAGAGGAACAGUGUCAUUCUCUGAUCCUGUAACUAACACACAUCUACACACAUUCACAACCACCUUCACUCACACACUCUUUCCUUUCUUCUGGUGUGUUGACUCUCUGAGGAUCUUAUCGUUCAAUAGUCAGUAAAUGUUACUCCUGUAGUUCUGGAUCCACCUGCUUUCAUCUUUUACACUCAUCAUAUUUCCAAUAUUCAGUCCAUAUCACAAUUUCAUUAUUUAAACAGUUUGAGACUAAACCAAUAAUUGUUUAUUUCAGUUAUAGAGGUUAAAUGAUAAAUUUGUUCAUUGAUGUAAAUCAGAGAUUUACUUGGCUCGAGCCUGUGGAUACAUGUUUUCUUACUGAGCUGUUGCCUGCGAACUAUACAGUUUUAAAUACCCCCAGAGUCACUGGACGAGGUGGGGGUGUGGCCACACUUUACAAGGACAGAUUUAAAUAUAGCCCCGUAUCAGUGGAGAAAUAUUCAACUUUUGAAUUACAGUUGAUUAAAUUAGAACUGACCUACACUGUUAAUUGUGCACUUAUCUAUCGUCCUCUUAAAUAAAACAAGGACUUUAUUAAGGAUUUUCUGCUGAGGCAUAUGUUAAAAGCCCAGUUUCCUCUAUCAACGAGGCUUCUGGACCCCGCUUGGACACAGAGGAGUUGACUGAUGUUUUUAAUUCUGUUUGUCUGGAUAUUAUUAAAGAUGUUGCUCCAAUCAGACAAAAAA